UCCCACUCCCUGAGGUAUUUCUCCACCGCGGUGUCCCGGCCCGGCCGCGGGGAGCCCCGCUUCAUCUCAGUGGGCUACGUGGAUGACACGCAGUUCGUGCGGUUCGACACCGACAAUCCAAAUCCGAGGGAGGAGCCGCGGGCGCCGUGGAUAAAGCAGGAGGGACCGGAGUAUUGGGAGGAGCAGACGCGGAUCGCCAAGGGCUCCGCACAGACUUUCCGAGUGAGCCUGGACAACGUGCGCCGCUACUACAACCAGAGCGAGUCCGGGUCACACAGCAUCCAGUGGAUGUACGGC